AAAUGUGUAAUUGCGAAUGUUGGGCCCUUGAAAGGAAAGUGAGAACAUCGUUUUUAGCACACCACCUAAUCGGGGGCGCGGAGGUCAGUGUCACGGAUUUUCAUCAUGGGCCUGGGAAUUGUUUUCUGUUUGUUUUUCGAAUUUCCGGCAAAUCGACCAUUCAAUGUUUUCUCUUCUCUUCGAUCCCAUUUUAUAACCUUCCACCACGUCAAGCCGCUCUUGGCUACCCUCCCCCAUCAUUCCCCGUACUCCCCUCGUCGCCCUUGUCAUCGCAGGACACAGCGAGCUCGUUAUUUGACCUACUGUUCGGCGGACAUCAGAGAUGGAGGAGAUUGAGGAACAGCUGCCUUUGCCACCUGCUGAUCAGAUGCCCGCGUCCUCUGGCAUUAUUCCUCAGAAACGCAAGGACCCUCCGCCAGAGGCCGAUUCACCUUCGGUCUCUCCCACAAAUGGUCGCGUUCCUACUGACUUGAGCAAUGCCUUGGAAAUUCCGAAAGAUGAAUAUGAGAACGGUCGCGUAAAGUGCGAAGGUUGCGGGGAGGAAAUUUCGAUCAGGGAUGAGGCGACGGGGAGUUUUACUGUAAAGCACUGGGAGGCACAUCGGACCGAUUGUCCCAACGCCAAACAACCAACUCCGGAGGCUCCUUCACACACGCCAGAACCUUUGCUGGAAAGCCCAGGACUGCCGGCAAAUAAACGUCGUCGUCCGAAACGAAACGAGGAAGAACGCAUCGCUUAUCUCCGCCAUGACCCAUAUGUUGCCCAGUUCGAAGCAUAUCGCGUUUUGUGCGCGUCGUGUGACAAAUGGAUUCGAUUACGUCCAAACUCAACUUAUUGCUCAAUUCCUUGGGAUGCCCAUAGGAAGAGUUGCCUUGCGAAGCGAAAUCGUCGAAGUGCAAAGAAUGGAAAUAGUUUUGAUGACCGCACUGCCUUAUUUGCCAAUGACCCACAUGUUCGCAAGUUCGAUACAGAACGCGUUCAGUGUAAGAAUUGUGAGCAGUGGGUUACCUUAGGUUCCACUGACAACACCACCGCUGUCAAGACAUGGAGAGAACAUCGAAACGCAUGUUUGCAAAGUGCUGCUUCUGCAUCUACUACUCCUGUUCCAUCUACAUCGACCGCCAGUAUACCGACAGCCGAUAGUGUACCUCCACCGUCGAAGCACCUGUUGGCUAUGGUUGCGUCAUCUAUGCCGUUACCUGCGAGUAUCACUCAGAUACCUCCAUCGUUAUCUCCUUCGACAUUCAAGGACUUGAAUCCAUCGAACUUCCCUCCCGCUCAAGAGUCAAGACGUCGCAACGCUGAACAGCGUGCGGCCGCACUUCGUUCCGAUCCAUUGAUCGGCGAGGUUGAGCCCAAUCGGGUCUUCUGCUCAUUAUGCCAGAAAUGGGUACAACUAAGACAAGAUAGUUCUUAUUGUGCCUACCCUUGGCUCCAGCAUCGUAGCAAGUGCCUAAACAAGCAACAGAACGGCGGACACAAACGCGAGCGCGCCCAGCGGGAGGCCGAAUAUGUUGCGGCAGGCGCGUUCCCGAAAGGCGAAACUGGUGCUGACGACUCCGAUGAGCCCGAGUCUGAGGAAGGCGUUGAGUCCGGUGCGGACAAGGAUGCAAAGGAAGCAAGACGACGGGAGAAGCGCAAAGCCAAGGACGUCACCACAUUGUCUCGGAGAAAAGACGCUUCUAGACGGAAGUCUCCACCUGACCUCUCGUAUCCUUUCGAGGAUCCGGACGCGGAGGGUGAACCCGACUAUAUGGAUGUUGAUCUAGGUCAUCCAGCUAUUCUCGCGGAUCUGGACUCGCCUGCAGGACGGUUGGACUUCGCCUUCAAGUCCAUUCGACACCUUUUUAAGACAACCUAUGCUCGAUCAGAUGAUCUCACGAUCGCGACUCUUGUAACAUAUCUGAACGCCGCCAUGCCACCAGACAAGCACGAGGACUUCGACACGACCGAGGUCAUCAAGGCUGCCACGGCACUCCAUGAACGCGGCGACUUUGUUUUUGUGGGCGAUGUACUUCGCAUACCCGAAUGAACCGUCAAGUUUUCUACCCAUUGGUUGGACGAAUCUACGUUGGACCAUGCUUUUUCUAUUCCAGUUCUCCGCUGUCCUCUUGAUCAACAAUUGUUGUGCUACAUUUAGGUUUCGCCAUAUUCACGAAAUUUCCGGGACAUUACUCGGCUGUAUCCAAUAAACAAUCAACUGACGAUGAACGUAGGCUUUGGCUACGACUUUGUUUCUUUUAGAUCUCGCCUCUCAUUCCUGCCCCUCGCUGCAUCUGCAUUUCAUCUUAUUCUUAUUGGUGCCUAGUUGCUCCCCCUCAUACACGCAUUUAUGAUCUGGUGUUUUGCAUUGUUUUGAAUCUGUAUCUCUUGUUGAUUCCCCUGUUCUCUUGGUCCUCUCUUCUCGGGCUUUGAGGUUAUGAAUAUGUAGACAUUGACCGAUAUCGGACACUCGUCGAUACAAAUACAAAUGUAAGGUUCUUUGUACACGUCAUCCUUACAAGAAGAUACGUUAUACCAUCUUUAUGGACCGC